GCGACAGCCAGGUGGGGUCAAAGGGAGAUAAAUCGGGAGGCUGCGUACGCCACCGGGGGACGGAGCUGACAGUCGUAGACGAACGAGCAUCCGCACCACACGUUUCUCCAAACCCAGUUAGAGUACCCCUUUGCGAGAUGUGGGACGACGCAGACGUAGAAGAAGAGACCCCUGCGCCGGCUCCGCCUGCGCCGGAGGAGGCCGCCGCCGCCGCCGAGCCUGCUGCGGCUGCCAAGCCCGAGGAGGCUGAGCCCCCUGCGCCCGAGAACACCGUCAUGGGCACCGAACCCAAGAAACUAGUAUUUAAGCACUGGAUCAGGCCCAGAUUCCUCCAAUACAACUACCUGUACGACUACCAGCACAACUACUACAACGACGUGAUCAACUACCUGGACCGGCGGAACAAGGGCCUGCCGGUGGAACGACCGCGCGCGCAAACCUGGGGCGAGCGUGUGCUCAGGACCUACCUUUCCAAAGGCUCUAGCUAUAGCCACAAGAGUUCCAAAGACUCUGCUCUCCUACGCCACAUAUCGACGGGCGCCAGGUUCCAGCGCUACCAUAGCAAGUCCCUCAUCUCGAGGAAGUAUUCCAGACUCGGAUUUAACACCGUCUCCAUCUAGCUUCGCUCUAACACCCUCGCUUGACCUCGCUUACGCGGACCCACUCCGGAGUGCCGGCGUGACCUUUGUGUCGAUGUUACAGGAUCUCGCUGGUGUGAUGCAGCAUCAGCGGCCGUCGCCGCCACCGUACAAACAUAAAGUAACUCUGAUCGGAAGCCGUCCGCAUUCCUAUUUUAAUAUCUGUCUUAUUUGUGUAAGACAAUAAAACUUUAAGUUAAACUACA